GCCGGGGAAUUGAGGCUUCGAGGCGCGGAGCUAGAGCCGCGUUUGGCCGGACGCGAAACUCGGGGCUUGCCGGGCAGAGGAUUUUUCAUUUUUGUUUUAUUAACGUAACUAUGCCGAGCAGGGGAGCUCGGUAAGCCGGGCUUAGAGAGCUCAGCUCCUCUCCUGAUCGGAACGGGGGACCUACCUGGCCGCGUCGGGAACGAUGAUCCCACAACGCAGUGAAGUCGCUUGGAGUCCGGCAGGCAAGGACAAGGAAUCCUUUGACGCUCUCUAUAGGCGAGGCAGUUUGCUCGGCAAAGGUGGCUUCGGAACCGUGUUUGCUGGGUACCGAGUUGCUGAUGGACUGCAGGUUGCAAUCAAGCACGUUGCCAAGAGCAAGAUUACCGAGUGGGCUGAGCUGCCCAAUGGGACUGUGGCUCCGCUGGAGGUAACACUGAUGAAGCUUGUUGGGUCAGGGUCUGGGCACCGUGGUGUGAUUUGCCUCUUGGACUGGUACGAAACUCCCGAAGGCUACUUCCUGGUACUGGAGCGACUUGAGCACUGCCAAGAUCUCUUUGACUAUGUCACCGAGCAGGGACCACUCCCAGAGAAGCUUUGCCGACACUUUUUCCAGCAAGUGGUGGAAGCAGUAUGCCACUGCCAUGCCCAGGGGGUGGUCCACCGGGACAUCAAAGAUGAGAACAUACUGGUGGAUGUGCGCUCCGGCAACCUCAAGCUCAUCGACUUUGGGUCUGGAGCCUUGCUGAGGGAUUCGAUCUAUACAGAUUUUGAUGGUACCCGUGUGUACAGUCCACCAGAGUGGGUGGAAUCCCAGCAGUACCAUGCUCUCCCGGCAACCGUCUGGUCCCUGGGAAUCCUGCUGUAUGACAUGGCAUGUGGUGAUAUCCCAUUUGAACGAGAUGAGGAAAUCCUGGCUGCCAACGUGCAAUUCCGCACGCCUGUCUCUCCUGGCCUCAAAGACCUCAUCCAAUGGUGUUUGUCUCCAGAGUCUUCUGAACGACCCACAUUGGAGCAAGUACUUUUGCAUCCUUGGCUCAAACGUGAUCCCCAUCUUCAUCUUGAAGAAAUGCAGGGCUCAGCAUCUCCCAGGGCUACAGUCUGCAACAGCAGUGGUUGAAAGACUAAACCUGUUUCCUGGCCUUGCCUUUCCCCUCUGAGAUGGGGUAGUGGUCCAGAUGGUAGCUGCUGGACCUCAAGCAAUCAGACUCAUUUACUGGUUGAGAAAGUGUUAACCUGGUUCUACAGGUUGUUUUUGUUUUUAAGAAACUGAAUUAUGAGAGGGAACUUGAGCUGGAGAAGAGAAUUCAUCCACCCAAGCUUAAUCUCCUCUCAGCUAUCCACAGGAUGUUUCAGUUCUGGCUUUGACCAGGAAAGGACAUCUCAAUACAUGUAGAUACUUGGGUAUUAUUAUUUACAAGGACUCCUGCAAAUUUUGGGGGGAAGAGAAUUCUUGGGUGGAUUUCUGCUACCCACCCUUUCCAAAUUCUUUUCAGGGCUUCUGGCCAAAGGAGAACUGGGGUGGGGUGG